UGUGCAUGUCUGAUUUCUUUAGUCGGACACUCCCAGGCGCGGACUCUGCCCUCUGUAGUAAAUAGGAAGAGAGAUCUCAGACGCGCGCACACAUUCACACCUCUGCAGGACUACUGUCGGAAGAACUUAGCACAUCUUGACUUAAAAGCUACAGCCAUGGCAAACAAAGGUCCCGCAUACGGCUUGAGCCGCGAGGUGCAGAGCAAGAUCGACAAGAAGUACGACCCCGAGCUGGAGGAGCGGCUGGUCAGCUGGAUCAUGGCCCAGUGCGACGCUGACGUGGGCUCGCCCGAGCCCGGCAAAACCGGCUUCCAGAACUGGCUGAAGGACGGAUGUGUGCUGGGUCAUCUCAUCAACACCCUCUAUGGUGCCAAUAAGCCCAUCAAGAAGGUGCAGACCUCAGGGAUGGCCUUCAAGCAGAUGGAACUAAUCUCCCAGUUCCUCAACGCUGCUGAGCGCUACGGCGUCACCAAGACCGAUAUGUUCCAGACAGUAGACCUCUGGGAGGGUAAGGAUUUAGCUGCUGUACAGAGAACACUGAUGGCGCUUGGCAGCUUGGCUGUGACAAAGGAUGAUGGCCUUUACAAAGGCGACCCUGCCUGGUUUCACAAGAAAUCCCAGGAAAACAGGAGGGAGUUCACUGACGAGCAGCUCAAAGAGGGGCAGAGCGUUAUUGGCCUUCAGAUGGGCACCAACAAGGGGGCAUCACAAGCUGGCAUGACGGGCUACGGCCGGCCCAGACAGAUCCUGUAAAACCAGCCCAGCUCCCGAACCAGAUCCGCUCCACCAACUUCAUCUCUCUCCAUCGUCUCCCAACCCCGAAAACCAAUCACUGAAACUGGAGAUGCACAGGGACCAACACGCACUCAAACACACACACACACACACACACACACACACACACAUAUCAGACACACACUCUGCGACAUAUGAACAUACUAUGACCAAAGACUAUUGUUACACAUCCCAUUCCCCAUGUUUUUUUGUACAUUGUAUAUUGAUUAUUAAUAAUUCUGAAAAAGAAAAUUAAAAAGACUUAAUUUUGAACAAA